AUGGAUAUAUUUAUUGCUGUUGUUGACAGUGUUACCACCGUUGUAGUUAAGUUACUUUUAUAUAUGAACCAACAAUUUACAGUUGAAGAUUCCUGUGUAAUUGGUUGUGUUGUUAUUGUUAUUGUUGCUGCUGUUGUUGUUGCAAGUAUUUAA